AUGGCGGCUGCGGAGGCUCCGCUGAGCGGCGUGGGCUGGACCGCGACCCCCGAGGCCGCUCCCGCCGGUUGGACCGUGAUCACCGUGACCGCGGAGGGCGCGGCGGCGAACCUGGGCAAAGGCUUCGGGCAGCGGAGCGGGGGCUACAUCUGCGUCAGGACCGGCGGAGGGCAGGAUGCUCCGGUAGUGACCGACGUGCAGGUGCUGAGCGAGCGGAGCCCGCAGCCCCCCGGCUACACCCGAGCCCCGGAGUUCCCGGAGCCUCGCUCCCGCAAGAAGCGACUUUACGUCCAGGUUGUCCCCAGGGCCGCGGCCACCACCGCGGUCUGUGACCUCCAGCUGAGCUCCAAGACCAAAAUCCUCCCUCACUACAUGAAAAUCGGGGAAAUGGGAAAUUUCGCCAUUUGGUGUAAAAAAAAGGAGGUUCCCAAGCCCAGCCCCCCCCCCAUCCCCCGGCCCAGAACCAUCAGCACCGGGAUGAGGCAGCUCCUGCUCCACCCCCCAGACUCAGGGUCCCCCCUGCCCCGCUGCAGCAUCCCAGGUGCCCCUCAGCACGAGUCUCCCAGCACCAUUUAUGGCCUCUCAGCCAUGGAUGGGGUCCCUUUCACCCUGCACCCCAAAUUCGAGCCCAAACUCAGCCCCAGUGCUCACGCUCUCCUUGCAGACCUGACUGUGAAAUCCUUUGCUGAUAUCGAGAAAGAGUACAAUUAUGCUUUUGUGGUGGAAAGGACGGCGGCUGCCCGGCUCCCCCCUGCCCUCUGUUAGCACCAUGGAAACAGCAACAGCUCCACUUCAAUUUCUGGGGGGGGUCCCUUUCAGGAAGGCACUUGGAGUUUGGCACUCCCCAGCAGGAACUGAAGGAUCCUGUCCACCAGCAGAGCCAGGAAGAAGUCAGCCAGCAACACUUCCACGAUCACCACCUUGAACUGAGGACACAAAACACCAGGAAUUCCUCCCAAAUUUCACCUUCAGGUGCUGGGGCAAAGCCCAGAAAGGUUUGGGUUGGAAGGGACUU